AUGCCGCCUGUCAUGUCUGUGCCAGUGCCCAAGAUGGUGUCUUCCCAGGUUACCGUUGCUUCUGUUGUCAAGCUUGCCCUGGGCAGGGUCAGGCUGCAGGAUUCUUGGAGUGUGCACCUUGACAAGAAGCUGCGUGCUGCCAUUCAGAAGUGGGUGUCUAUCGUCCUUGAGGAUCCACUCACCUUUGAUGUUGGCCGCAGGUGUGCUGCCGCGUCCUGCCAGGAUUCCGCAGUCUCGCAAGGUUUGCUGCACACCUUUUCGGGCAAAGCUGCGGGUACACUGCACAAUCGUGCGGGACCGUUGCUCCGUUUUGUGGCGUGGGCCAAGAAGCGGCGUCUCCAGCCGCUGCCACUGAGAGAGAAAGAUGUGUAUGAGUUCCUGCUUGAUUUGGAGGAUUCCAGCGCGCCGUCUUUCGGCAAGGCACUCAUGUCCUCGUUGGCGUUUUGCAAGUUCGUUUUGGGUGCUGAGUCUUUCUCUGACUCCCUUUGCAGUGGCCGCCUUACAGGGCUUGCGCGUGCCUCUUUUCUUAAAAAGAGGAAGAGGCGACAGAAGCCGCCACUCACCGUUGCUAUGGUCAAGAGAUUGGAGCGCCUUGUUGUGGAUGAGUCAGAUAAUGAUGUUGACAGGCUGUGUGCAGGCUUUUUCUUACUCUGCAUUUAUCUUCGUGCUAGAUACAGUGAUGGCCAGGCCCUGAUGAAUCUGGUUUUGGAUGAGCCGGACUCUUUCAUGGGACCACUUGCAGGGUACUUCCAAGGUGAGACUUCAAGGACGAAGACCAGUUUCUCCUUGGAGAGGAAAACAGCAUUGCUUCCUAUGGUGGGGCCAUUGUGCGGGGUGGCGUCCGUUCCUUGGUUCAGGACGUGGAUGAGCCUUCGUGAGGACCUCGCCAUUCCCGAGGGAGAAGAUUUUCCUCUCCUGCCCAGCCGUGGUCAGGAGGGCGGACGGUCGGGUGUUCCGCCCACGGCCACUGUAGCAGCUGGUUGGUUGCGCGGGAUUUUGUCUGCCAGAGGUUUCCCUGAAGCUUCAAAGCUUGGUACUCACAGCUGUAAGGCUACGACCUUGUCUUGGAUGUCAAAGUACGGUGUUGACGCGCUGCACCGGAGGAUUUUGGGAUAUCACAAGGCUCCGCAGGAUGAGAUGAUGCACAUCUAUGGGCGUGACAAUGUUGCGCCUGCUCUGAGGUCUCUUGAGUACGUGCUCGCCGAUAUAAGGAUCGGCAAGUUCCUCCCGGACACCACACGUUCGGGCUAUUUCCCAACUGAUCCAGAGCGCGAACCAGGUCCGGAGUUCAAUGAUGAACCGUCGGCCUCGGAGGCGUCACUGGACGAAGAGGACAACGUUCAGGACCUUCGUGCUGAAGAGGCUGCGGCUGAUGAGAUCAUACCGCCUUGGGCCGAGUUAGCUGUGGGAGACCCUGAUGCCCAUGUGUACAUCAGGCACAUCACUUCCCGCAAGCUUCACCGUCUCGCUGAUGAGGGCGGGAACCGACUUCGCUGUGGGAAGAGCCGGUACACGCGGCGCUCGCCGGACUCACUCGGUGAUGGUUUGAUGUGCUUGCGCACUUGUGGUUUGCCGGACUGCGUCUUUUGUGCCAUGGCCGUCACAGAGAGCAAGGCAAACUUCUCUUCGAGGGCGAAGGCUCUUGGAUUGGAGGAUCCAGUGCUGGUGAAGUUCGUUGACGCUGGCAUUGAUUGUAUGAGCAAGUAUGCUUUCCUGAGCUCAUACGUGCCCGGGAGCACGGAUGAGAGCCCAUUCACUGCUGCCAUCGUCAAAGUGCUUGGGCGUGACCCUUCGAUUGCGGAGCUCAGUGUGCUUCGCCGCUUGCUGCACGAGAGCUACAACCUAACUGUGUCUGAAUUACAAUCACAGGUUGAAAGGACCGAUGACUCUGCUCCGAGAAAGCUCGCAGCGCCCGACCGGGCCGACAGGUUGCAGCGACAGCAGGUUCGGCUGAGUGGUUUGACGAUCCACGGCCCGACUCUUCCGGGACAUGCCGUGAUCGAUAAGUGCGUUCAGAUGUAUGAGGAUAACGUGCUUCAUUACUUGCCGCCUCAGUCGUGCCCUUGCCGUGAUGAUGAGGUCAAGUUCAAGAAGGAUCGCGAUGAUAAGAUGUUGUCCGUUGAUGGUGCCGGUCAUGUGUCUCUACGCACCCAGGUUGCAAAGGUUGAUGCUGAUGUGUCUUCAGACCUUCUCCUCAAGCUGGCAAUGACCCGUCGAGGUUUGGCCCUAGACCAGGCAGGGAUAGUCACCUUUUCGGAGCACGAGCGGUGGGUGGAAGCACUUUUUACCGCGCGUUUCAGGGAUCCACCUGACAACUAUGCACGUGUGACGCUGCAGCAGCUUAUGCAGGCUGAUCGGCAGCUGUUUGUUGAAGCAGCAGAUCGCACUCGGCAUGGAAUCCAACUUGCUAAUGUUCUGAAGCUUUUCGAUUGCCUCCCGAAAGCUGCGCCGCAACGCGGCUCCGGUGGCGGCAUUUCAUUUACCACUGGGGCCUUUGCCAAGGUCAAGGUGGGACUCCGGAGCAAUGUCGCUGUUUUUCCAAAGUCCACGCAGGUGCUGGCUGCUUUUGUAAGGCAGUCUGCUCCUGCCCACAAGUUCACAACCGUCGUGCUUUUUGAUGGUGUUCGCACGGCCCCGCAUCGCGAUCAGCAGAAUUCCUUCUUGCCUAAUUUGGCCAUUCCCUUGUCCCGUUUUACUAAGGGUUCAAUUUGGGUGCAAUCCAGCAAGGGUCCCCACACUCGGACUGUUGAUGGUGCAACCCUUCACGGGGUGGCAUUGCCUGUGUCGGAUGGCCCUGUCCUGUUUGAUGCACGCAGGCAGAUGCACCUCACUGAUUCGUGGCAGGGCAGGAGGGUCAUUUUGGUUGCUUUCUCUAUUUCGGCCUUUGAUAAGCUGUCUCUCGAGGCCUCGCAACGCUUGAUUUCACUUGAUUUUGCCUUGCCAACCGAGCCAGAGGUCGAGCACUUCCGUGAGCACCCACAGCUGCCUGCUCGCCUGCCGUGGCCGCCGCGUUUCCCUCUGCUGUCGAGUGCUUCAGCAACCAAGGCUUUUACCGAGGCGGUGGUUCCCAAAGAACCACUUUUUCUUGAGCUAUGUGCCGGCACCGCCAUGCUUUCUCGCUGCUUUCGUGAAGCGGGUGUGCCUGUCAUGCCCAUUGAUCACCAGCACAACCGCCAUCAUCCGUUGGCGCAGGUCUGCAAUCUCAGCUUGACCGAGGAGUCCACUUGGGUCUUCUUGCGCAAUUUGGUGCGUGAUCAUCCUAUACCCAGACCCCCGGACGGAUCCAAAAAGUAG